AUGCAACAGAUAUACGACAGCAACAACAAGCCGUCCCACGUGGUGGACGCCGCCGAUCCGAACCGCUCCAACUGGAUGCGGUACGUGAACUGCGCCAGACGCUGGACCGAACAGAAUCUGGUUGCGUUCCAGUAUCAAGGGCAGCUGUAUUACAGAACGAUAAAAAUAAUACCCCGCUUCACUGAGCUCAUGGUGUUCUAUGGUGGUGCAUUCGCGAACAUUCUUCACAUUAACCUCAGCAAAUACAACGCGCCCACAAAUUACGCUCAGAAAUUCGGCGCGUCACCUCCAAAAAAAGUUAAAGCAUCAAAAAAAUUAGAAAUAGCAGAAAGAACAAAUAGAAAAUCCCAGCAGACGGACAUUUUUAUUCCUGUGGAUAUCAACGAAAAGCCAAGUGUUGCAGUUGAAAAAAAAGUUUCCGAAAAUAUGAAUUUGAACAAUAAUUCAAUAAAAUCAAUUCAAAAUUAUAAAAAUAAAUCAAAAACCCUACGUGAUUCAGUUAGUUAUAAUGACGACAAUAGGAAUUCUAAAGUUGAUAAUAAGUCGCUUACAGAUAAAAAUACUGAAAUAAAUCACGAAUCUAAAUUUGCGGAUAAAACGAAAUCUGACCUGAAUAAGAAAAAUGUAAAAGUUGAGAAUAACGUGAAUAGGGAAAUAUUUAUAUGUGAUAUUUGCAAUUUUAAAAUAGCUGAACGCCGCAUGAUAGAGAAACAUAUGACGCUUCAUAAUAAGGGUUAUGUUUGUAAAGUACGUGAUAAAAAAAAUACAGAAAAAAUCGACUUAAAAAUACAUCUAAAUAAACCUUACAGUUGUGAAGUGUGUGAUAAAAGUUUUACAUAUAAAAGUGACUUAGAGAGACAUAUAAGAAUACAUACCGGAGAAAAAAAACCUUACAGUUGUGACGUGUGUGAUAAAAGUUUUACACAAAAUGGUCAUUUGAAGGAACAUCUGAGAAUACAUACCGGAGAAAAACCUUACAGUUGUGAAGUGUGUGAUAAAAGUUUUACACAAAAAAGUUCCUUAAACAUACAUCUAAGAAUACAUACCGGAGAAAAACCUUACAUUUGUGAAGUGUGUGAUAAAAGUUUUACACAAAAAGGUUAUUUGAAGGAACAUCUAAGAAUACAUACCGGAGAAAAACCUUACAGUUGUGAAGUGUGUGAUAAAAGUUUUACACAUAAAAGUAACUUAAAGGGACAUCUAAGAAUACAUACCGGAGAAAAACCUUACAGUUGUGAAGAGUGUGAUAAAAGUUUUACACAUAAAAGUUCCUUGAACAUACAUCUAAGAAUACAUGCCGGAGAAAAAAAACCUUACAGUUGUGACGUGUGUGAGAAAAGUUUUACACAAAAAAGUACCUUAAAGAGACAUCUAAGAAUACAUACCGGAGAAAAACCUUACAGUUGUGAAGUGUGUGAUAAAAGUUUUACACAAAAAAGUAACUUAAUGGGACAUCUAAGAAUACAUACCGGAGAAAAACCUUACAGUUGUGAAGUGUGUGAUAAAAGUUUUACACAAAAAAGUAACUUAAUGGGACAUCUAAGAAUACAUACCGGAGAAAAACCUUACAGUCGUGACGUGUGUGACAAAAGUUUUACCCGCAAAGGCAUCUUAAAAAAUCAUCUCGGAACACACCAAAAGAAAACCACGUAA